CCCAGCAAGUUGUGGGUACAUGUUUCAGUUUGUAAUGAUGCCAUGUUGAUAACCCUUGGAAAAUUCUUCACUUCUGAUAAUUGAGUUGGACACUUUUGACCAGGGACUUACUUAAGAGUGGCCAAAAGCCAAACCAUAAGGGCCAAUAAACUACCUGUACAUGCAACUCAAGGAACAUCUAAUACAAUGGUUCCGCAAACUAAACUAUUGCUCUGCGUCCCUCAGGACACCGGUAUGUUGCACUCGUCAAUUGUGCAGACAGUAUGCCCUGUAUUGUGCACACUGCAGGAUGUUAAACCAGUUUCUGCCCCCCACCCUCCAUCGCACCCUCCGCUGCAAUUCCGUAAAUCCCAUGGAAUUUGGAAGCUUUCAUCCGGACAUCCUUGCGACGCCUUGUAAGUGGUUUGUGCAAGGAACUUGUUGCGCCGACUGCGUACGGGGCGCCCAUCAUUUCAAACCACAAAACAAGUGGACGCCUAUGCUGUCAUAUCCUGGCUUACGCCUAUGCUUAUUCACUUCGUGCAACUUUCAAAGAGGCGCAAGCCCCGCCCAUGCUCUUUAGGAUUUUGCAAACUCUCUCACUUUGCAUGUGCUCUCACCGUCCUUAUCCAUCCGUUGGUAAACCUGCAGCCGUACAAAGAUGAUGUAAACAACUCGUUAGCGUCAGGCAGACACGAUGGAGUCAUAGUGUACAGAGGAAUCUCGAGAGAAAAACACAAGCCUUAUUUGUCGUCGUUACAGCAAGAGGAGGAGUACCAGACGGAACCGGUGGACCUCUCAAUGAACGGAACCAGAGGUCAUGGCAGCAGCAAGAGGUCGACUGACACAUCCGACAUGGAUGACAGCCCCGUGGACCUGAAAAAGAGAAGCAGUACCAUUGUAGGCUCCCCGUCACCUGUCCCACGAAGGCCAGGCAGGGAGGAAGACGACCGGCCAACAGUGACACUGGAGAGCAUCACAAAAAGCGGGGCAGGAGCACUCAUCAAAGUUGCACAGGCAGCAGAGCUUUCCAACCGCAGUCCUCUGAGCGUAGACUACCGUCACAUGAGCCCCUGGCACCCAGGCCGGCCCAGGCGGACCUCCUCCUCAGAGACCAGCCUGCGGGGUACCAGGGCAGCCACCGAACUCGUACUAGACAACGGCAAGCGACGCCGGGUCCAUCGAUGCACGUUCCAAGGCUGUAACAAAGUUUAUACCAAGAGCUCCCACCUCAAAGCCCACAUGAGGACUCACACAGGAGAGAAGCCCUACAAGUGCACAUGGGAAGGAUGUGGGUGGAGUUUUGCCCGGUCAGACGAGCUCACAAGGCAUUACCGCAAGCACACAGGAGACAAACCCUUCAAGUGCCCUCAGUGUGAGCGAGCAUUCUCUCGCUCAGACCAUCUCUCCUUGCAUAUGAAAAGGCAUUGAGGAGGAACUCUUUUGGGGAUCAGUUGACACCCUUCUAGCUCUUUUCUUUGUGACCGAGGGAUGCUUGAUGUACGUGUACAUACUGAGGGUCAGUGCACAGGAGAUGGCUGAAAUUGUGGAGAAUGACAGUGGUCUCUCUCGAGCCAUCUUUCUCGAGCAACUCAUCCUGAGUUUUCUGCUGUGUACUCUGUAGACAUGCCUUAUUUAGUUUCCAAGCAAGAGGAGUCUUCAGAGCUGCUCGCCUGUCAGUUUCAAUGUCGAAUCACUGUGGAAGGCUUUACAAGUCCAUAUAGUGUAACAUUGCAGACACCAGAUGGUAGUGUACAACUGGAACUCUGUUUACUUUGCCAUUGGAAUGAGAAUAAAAAUCCCUGCUGUUAAAUAUUUUUGUCAGUAACGCAGGAGGAAUAUCUUACCGACUCUCAACUUUGACUUGAGUAAAAAUGAUUACAUAUCGAACUAGCCCCAAGGUUCUCUCUGACUGUUUUUUUUUGGGGGGGGGGCAGGGGGAGUUCUGUCUGACUGAUGUUUUCGGUGGGCAGGGAGAGUUCGGCUCUUACAUCUGCUGUUUUGAGUAUUAUGCCUACUGCCGUGCCCCGUUUGAUAGAGUUUUGCAAGUGUAACAUUACAUUGGUAUAGAUCAUAAUUGACAGUUUGUGUGGAUCACUAUCUUGUGGAAUUUCUGCUGUUGAGUUGUCUUAUUGAUUCAUUUUGGCCGUGGUCGCAUACUGUGAAGUUUAGUCAGAGAACGUGUACAUCAUCAUAGUAGCUGUUUUAUGUUAGUCUAACACGCUUUUCGGUGAUAAUAAGCAUGAGAAAAAUGUGGCAAUUCAACGUUGCAACUCACAAGUUUAGUGUCCGUAUGAAUUUCUUGAUUCAACUUUCCCUCUAAUGUUCCUUAUCCAGUUAUUGGUUUAGAGGGUUUGGAAGUUGAUGCACUGCACACUAUUUGAAAAUAGAAUCUCUAAAAAAAAAUGUUGUCAUCGUGACCUCAUGUAUUCCCCCGAAGAAAUUCUGGCCCACCCCAAUUCCUGUCCCAACUGACCAUUAUCAUUGGUCAGUUAAGCUGUGAGUUUUUAAAGAAACCUAUCCAUUGAGUAAGCAUUGACCUGUAGCUGAGCCAUUGUAUUAGGUUUCUCUCUUCCCAUUGACUGGGGUGCCUUACUGGGAGACACAGCGGGCUUGUCUUGGAAGUCACCAUCCAACCAUGUACAGAUGUCGACACAAUUUCAUUUUGUAUAUAUAUCUUUUGUAAAUACUCGGUGAAAACCUUCAAAAAAAACUUAAUUGUACCAAUAAUGAAAAUUGUAAAAGUGAUUGAUUAUUAAUAGUUACAAAGUGCAAAAUGGUGUCUGUUUAUGUGCCGUAUAUUAAGCAAAAGCCACAGAGAGUGGCUUGCCUGUUGCUUCAAACAAUGCAUAUUUUUUGGUAUCCUUUUUGCUUACCAAUUCUGCUGAUCGUCAUGCGUAUCCACCGUAUGAAGCAACAUAUGGCUCAGGUAUCAUUGUCAUUGCUGUCAGUAAUCUAAGCCUUACGAUAAGGCUUAAAAGAUUUUGAUCAUUUUUCAUGCUCAUUCUGGGGCAAAAUAAUUUGGGGGGGAUUUAAAUACUCCAGAGAGAAAUGUUCAAAAUUACGCUUCAACUCGAUUUUAAACAAAUAGGACGACGGUAGGAACAGUGGAUUGGGUUGAAAGCUUGAAAAUGAAGGGAGAAAAAACAAAUCGCACAAAGUCAGAGUGAGUGAGAUUGAGAAAAUGAAGGCCAAUGGUGGCGAGUAUGGUAGUGGGGUAGUUUGGGGGUUGCUUGUGGAGGGAAGUGAUGAAAACUGAGGUUUGAAUGGAUGAGAGGCAAACUUACAAAUGGAAAGUCUAUAAUUUCAAACACUUUUUGAGGGUGACUGUGCUGCCCAUGCAAACCACCGUGUUAACUUAGACUGCAUUGAGAAGUUUUAUACUUAAAACUAGUUUAAACCAUAAACUAGUUACUGGUUAACCACUAGACUGUAACUAGUUUAAAGCAGCCAGCAUAUCACUGCCAAGGUUAAUUGUGAAGGGGAAGGACGGAAGUUAUUUGGAAGGAUUGUUCCGAGAAAUGGAAUUAAAAUAAAUAUACCUCAUACUAGCACAUUUCUUUGUGGUAAUUUUGUUGUAAAAAGAAGUGACAUUUAAACAGUCAUUGGCAGAAUAUUUGCUGAAUAUGUAAGUCAUCUGCUCUUGUCACAAUUAGAUAGAUGUACAUGUAUUAACACAUUAAUAUUGGUGAACAAUUAACUAGUUGUUGCUGGCUUUAGCUUCUGCAAGGUCUUGUUGUGCGAACAUGUUAUUUUUAAGUAUUGUUCUAACUUUUCUGAGCUAGUGCAAGAAUAUCACGUCACACAUUUACCAGGGCCCUUGUUUGAUAAGUGCAUGUUUUUGGACAGAACUUGAAGCUGUGAGGCAUCACAUACUGUCUGCACAGUACUGUUAAAUUUUGAGCUACAUUUGGGUUGGGAAGUUACAGCUCAGUUGGGAUAUUUAUCUGAUUUAUACAAGUAUUUCACAAAUGAAUGCGCUGGUCAUAUUUCCGCAACUCUACCUAGAAAAUUGGUGUAAUACUUACUUUGCAGUGAUACUUUAUGUUCAUGUGAUAUUGUUGCGCUGACUCCCAAGGUGUGUGGAGGGAACACUUUAUCCAGAGUCCUUAACUGUAGCAUCUAUAUUUAUGGUUUAAUAGUUAGAAGUAUUAUGUACAUGCUAGGUUUGGUUGUGUGUUUUGUUCACAUAGAAAUGUGUUUGGCCAUAAUGCAGUAUCGUUUGCAGUUGUCUAGUACAAGGCCUCUCUAGCCUGGUGAACUAGACUUUAAAUGUCACUGAAGAGAAAAACACAGAAUCCAACUUUUUUUACCGCUGCAGUACUGGCACUGAAUGUACUUUUUGAUGGGAAAGCUUCAUAUAUUUUACAGGAGAAUAUUGUGUUUAAGAGGAGUCCAAAUGAAUGACUGUCGUCCAGUCUUGUUCUUUUGGUAUGUCUGUUGAUCAGGAAAGUCCUUGGGUUACACCUGUCAGCCAAUUUAGGAAUGAACUUGUCAUAUUUACACCAUCACAGCUGCUCCCAGGCAGUGCUUGGAAGUAUGUGUGACUGUUUUUAACAUGUCAAAAUAGAUGUUUCCUUUUAAAUCUAUUUAAUCUGGCACCUGCCGUAACUUUCGAGUAAGGAGGAAACAUAUUAGAUGUGUAAAACUGACAAACGUUAUCCAGGACCUGGUAUAAGAAUUGUAUGAUUCAAAAAUCUGAGUUCAACAGUGGUGGGGUUCACACAACAGAGUUGCUAACCCUGUUAAAAUGUGAGUACAAGGAGUUCUGGGCUCACAGCACCGAGCUUGAAUCUCUUCCUGAUUUGUGAAACGUGCUCUCAUUCACUGAGAGGUACACAAAUCCCUGCUCGAAUGGUGCCCAUGAUCCGGCAACAACGUACACUGUACUUGAAGCUUUGCCUAUGUGCAUAUGAAAUCUGACAACAAUCAUCUCAUCUUGCACAUAUGCACAGAUUAAUUGGCAGAUUAUAAUUAUUCCCAGUUUUGACAGUAACAGUAACCCUUUACAUGUAACAACUUUGAUGGCCUCCAAGUGUGUAGAAUAGAAGCAUUUGUUUCAAAUGUCUGUGGCUUUGUGGAGCAUAUAUAUGUCAUAUAUAUAACAAAAAUUGAUAAUUUUUUUAACUUCCCUUGAUGGGGUUGAAAAAUUGUUAUAAAUACAAAAGCUAUUUUGUAUUGUGUGGGUAAUAUUUUAUUAUAAUGGAAUUGUGUGUUGUAUUAAUUUUUAUUGGUGCUCUAUUUGAUUUUUGUGGGGCUGGUUUCUCUAUAUCACUGGCCAUUUGUCGAGGUUGGUGAAUGUAAAUUUGAAGUAAAUUCAUGCAAAUGGCAUGAUGCAAUACUCAGUGGUUGUAACGAUGAAGGGAUGGGCUAUAUUUGUGGGAUUCAUUUGUAAUAUGUUAAUACAAAUUGUUAUCACACGUGUUUUAAAGAUUGUUUUAAUAAUAAAAAAUGUAAUCUGUAAAAAAGAAA